UGUAGUAGCAAAAUAAACAGAAAUGGCUUUAGACUUUUCAGCCACAUAUAAGCUUUUAGUCUUAGGGGAUUCUAAUGUAGGCAAGACUUGUAUUGUGCAUAGAUAUUGCGAUGAGAGGUACUACGAUAUUUACAUAUCCACAAUAGGUAUAGAUUUCAAACAAAAGAUUAUAAAUCUGGACGGGGUACCCAUAAAGCUCCAGAUAUGGGACACGGCCGGGCAGGAGAGGUUCCGGACGCUGACCACCGCCUACUACCGGGGCGCCAUGGGCAUAAUACUCAUGUAUGACGUCACCAACCUCGAAUCGUUUAACCAUUUAUCUUAUUGGCUGAGGAAUAUUCAAGAGUACGCUUCACCGGAUGUUAUAAAAGUGUUGGUUGGCAACAAAUGUGACGUGCACGAAAACCAUCGAGCAGUACCUAAAGAACGGGGUCAAAAGAUAGCUGACGAUUUUGAUAUGCCGUUCUUCGAGGUUUCCUGUAAGAAUGACAUCAAUAUUGAAGAAGCGUUUUUGACCUUAGCAAGAAAAAUUAGAGAAUAUAGAGAUAACAAGGCGGAUGCCUUCGAGCUCAAGGAAAGAGAUAGUGUGAUAAAGCCAUCAGAUUCCGAGACAGACGUAUCAAAAUGUUCUUGUUAGCCUAGUUUAAUUAUAUAAUUCAUUAAAUUUACUGCAAAUUGCAGCGAGCAAGUAAUAGAUAUUCUGUGAUAUCGCAGUAUUUAGUGAAUUUAAACAGACACGAAGCUCUAUCUAUAUCUUGCUCGGUUGCAAGUUUGCAACGUUCGAGUUAUGUAUGCUUUAACUGGCGUACAGACAUUUUGUUAA